UUUUUUUUUUGGACACUCGAAAUUGCGCACGGCGGAUCUAUGAAGACGCGGGCAGGUUUUUCACUCUCAGCACCAGACCGAGGGAACAGGGAGUGAUUCACCCCCCACCACCACCACCAGCAGCCUGCAGCCCCCAUGCCGGGCAUAAGCUCCACCGCGCCUCGUUAUGAAAACUGGGACAUGGACCACCUCGAUCAUUACCAACAUUAUUUCUACGACGACCACGACCCGGAUGAGGAUUUCUUCAAGUCUACAGCGCCCAGCGAGGACAUAUGGAAGAAAUUCGAGCUGGUACCGACCCCGCCCAUGUCCCCCAUCCGGGCGGUAGAAGGGUCGGGCAGGGUCGGACUGCUGUACCCGUCUCUGGGGGACAAGCUGGAGUGGGUCUCUCAGUUCUUGGGGCAGGAGGAUGAGCAGCAGCAGCAGCAGCAGCAGCAGGACCUGCCGAGCAAGCUGACCGCGGCCAACGACUCCUUCGGGAACCUGAGCUCCAUUAUCAUACAAGACUGCAUGUGGAGCGGCUUCUCCGCCGGGCAGCAGCUGGAGAGAGUUGUAGGGGAGCGCUGCGCCUCCUGUCCCGGGACGGGGGCGUCUGCCGCCAAAGUCGCCGCCGGGUCUGCCGUUUCUUCCCCGGGGAGGGCGCAGUGUGCAGCCGCCGACACGCCAGCCCUCGGCGGCUUGGUGACGGACUGUGUGGACCCGGCUGCGGUGCUCACUUUCCCGCUUACCGGUGGAUGCAAGAAACAAGUGUCCUCUGGUUCAGAGUCUCACACCGACUCGUCAGAUGAUGAAGAUGACAAGGAUGACGAUGAAGAGGAGAUUGACGUGGUGACGGUGGAGCACAAGCAGCAGCAGCGUAAGCCUCGUCGACUGGUCAACAGCCGGAAACCUGUGACCAUCACGGUGCGGGCCGACCCCCUCGACCCCGGCAUGAAACGUUUCCACAUCUCCAUCCACCAACAGCAGCACAACUAUGCUGCCCCAUCCCCAGACACUCUCCCCGCGCCCACCGAACCGCCUCGCAAGAGGGUCCGGCAGGAGGCCUCCACCCAGGCGAUCCAACCUCACCAGAACUCUCACUACCACCAGCCGCGGCCCGGCCACGCCCCUCUGAACUUAGACAGCAGAAGGUCUCAUGUGACCGUGGCUGGAGUCAGGUCAGAGUCGCCGAACCUCAGCGCCUCCUCUCCCACCUCCUCCACAUCACCUUCGUCUCCUCCCUCCUCCUCCUCCUCUUCUUCCUCCUCCCAAAGCUCUCCAUCGAAGCCCCACUCCCUCUCCCACUUCUCCAGCCCCCAGUCCUCCGACUGCGAGGACACAGACAAACGCAAGGCGCACAACUUCCUGGAGCGCAAGCGGCGGAACGACCUGCGCUCCCGUUUCCUGUCGCUGCGGGACGAGAUCCCGGGCUUAGCGGACUGCCCCAAGACUCCAAAGGUGGCGAUCCUGACGCGAGCCACGGAGUACCUGCAGCAGCUGCACACCAGCGAGAGGCAGAAGGCUCAGGAGAGGAAGCAGCUGAAAGCCAGGCAGCUGCAGCUGCUGCAGAGGCUGGCACAGCUCAAACGAUCCUGA